CUUACCGCAACGGUAGCAUUCGAAUUCUCUCCCCAAAUCGCCACCCUGGGGCACCCAAUGCUGGCAGCCUCCCUUCUCGCUCUCCGCUUCCUCCUCGUCGGCGCCACUGCGGCGGGGAUGGGGACCGGGACGGUGGGGGUGAGUGGUGGUGGCCAGCUGUGGUGCGUUGCGAAGAACAACGCGGAGGACGGCGCGCUGCAGAGCGCGAUUGAUUGGGCGUGCAGUGUUGACGGUGGCCGCGCGGACUGUGCAGCCAUCCAGCAGGGUGGCGCCUGUUACGAUCCGCCCGACCUCCAGCAGCACGCCUCCUACGCCUUCAACGACUACUUCCUCCGUUCCGGCGGUGCCGGGAGCCCCGCCGCCUGCGACUUCUCCGGCGCCGCCGCACUCACCGCGCUCAACCCCAGUCAUGGGAGCUGCGUGUUUCCUUCCAGUGCAUCUCCGAAAAAUGGUAGCUUCACAGGAACGACAACCUAUGGUCCAACCGGUGCAGACUUCAGCAGCAGUUUUUCAUGGAAACUCAACUUCUGGCCAUUGCUCUUGCAUAUAUCUACAUCUGUAACGUUUUGUGCCACUCAUGUGUUGUAGUUUUUUCUUAAACUGUGUUCUGCGCGUAUGAUAAACUAUCAGGCUGCAGAAUGUGGUUUGUUCGCUGGUCUCCCCUUGAGUUUUCUGCAUUGUUUGGGAGAGAGAAAACUGUCCAAUAUCAGCUGCUCCCUCUUUUACCAGGCAGUCCUCUUCAGUUUUGUGUGGCCAUGUGAUUUCAUCCUUCUGCUAACUGUAAGUGCACGAACCUGUUGUCUUGGUGUGUGUAGUGUAGGUCCUGAAUUUAUGUUGCUCUGUUUUCAACAAUGUAAACAAAGUUCUCCAUAAUCUUAACUUAAUAAAAAUCGCGAACUCCUAACAACUGAGAUGUAAUAAAUACGCUCACGUUUCCAACGAAAGUGUAUGUAACCUUGUAAAUAAACAAAUUUACUCUGUGCUAAUCAACAUGGAUCUUAAGCAGCACAACUGCACAAGUGCGGCUUGAUCUCUUACAGCUGUUGAGUGUGGAGAAACUGAAGUGGCCAGUACAAACAUCUGUGACGGGCGCGUGAGGAUUCAUCUUAUUUGAGGGGAAGGUUGAGCAAGCUGCCGGGGCGUCUCCUGGCCGGCGCCGAUCUCGGAGGGAGGACCGACCCUGCAGCGGCAGAGCGGGCACGUCGAGCGCGACGAGAGCCACAGGUCGAUGCAGUCGCGGUGGUAAACAUGGCUGCACGCGGGCAGAAGCUUGACCAUGGCGCCGACCUGGAUGAUGCCGAGGCAGACCGCGCACUCGGUCAAGCCCGCGCCCUUGCCGCAGUGCCUCACCAGCCGGUUGUACAUGAACGUGGGGACGGCCGCGGCAACGGCGCUCAGCGGCAGCAGCUCCUCUGGCUCGGCGGAGCCUCCUGAGGAGCUCGUCGCGAGGACGUCCGCGGUGGGCUGCUGCGGUCGGCGGUGCGCCAGGUGCCUGCACAGCGCGACGAGAGCGAAGGAGGCGGCCACCGACGCCGUUACGGAGCAGAAGAAGAGGAGGUUGUCCGGUGACAUUGCAAAUUGCAUGGCGCCCAACUCGGAUGGAGAUGGCUCGCUGGCUGUCUGGUUGCGUAUGCAGGCAGGCACGCUGCCUCAAGUACCUCUUCUAGUUCUAGGCUUCUAUAGCAGUUUUCUUGAGCUGAAAUGGAGUUUACUGAUGAUUGCAGUUGGUGUGUCGGAAGGCUAUGAAGCCUUAACAAACACUUUUGCGGUGGUUAGCAUAGCAACUACAGUAUUCCUUUC